AUGCCAGGGCAAAGGGGCAGCUGAGCUCUCCCUCUCUGCCUGCAGGCAAGCGAGGAUGGGGAGAGCGUGGGGCACUGCCCCUUCUGCCAGCGGCUCUUUAUGGUGCUGCUGCUCAAAGGGGUGCCCUUCACCCUCACCACCGUGGAUAUGAAGAGGGCACUGGACGUUCUGAAGGACUUUGCUCCGGGUGCCCAGCUGCCUGUUUUGCUCUACAACGGCGAGCCCAAGACCGACACUGUCACCAUUGAGGACUUCCUGGAGGACAAGCUGAGCCCACCCAUGUUCCCCAGCUUGGUCCCACGGUACAGGGAGUCAAGCCUGGCUGGGAAUGACAUUUUCCACAAGUUUUCCACCUUCAUCAAGAACCCGGUGCCUGCCCAGGAUGAGGCGCUGCAGCGGAGCCUGCUACGGGCCCUGCUGAAGCUGGACGAGUACCUGUGUGCCCCGCUGGAGUACGAGCUGGCCCAGGACCCCCACCUCCAGGCCUCCCGGCGCCGCUUCCUUGACGGGGACCAGCUCACCUUAGCCGACUGCAACCUGCUGCCCAAGCUCAACAUCGUCCAGGUCGUGUGCCAGCAUUACCGCCGCUUCGGGAUUCCCAAAGAGCUGCAGGGCGUGUGGCGCUACCUCAACAGUGCCAGUGCCACCAGGGAGUUCAAAUACACCUGCCCCAACAGCGAGGAGAUCAUACAAGCCUAUGGCUCCGUGGUCCGGUCACUGCAGUGA